UGCACCGGCUUAAGACGAGACCUGUUGAGUUGGAUUUAAUGAUAUAAAUAAAAUAAUGUGUCUUGAUUAGUAGAAAAUGUGAACUAAAGAAGAAGUGAUCAAAAAAUGUAUAUAUGAAUAGAAAUAUUGUGUAUAUCAUAUAUUAAAUGCAUCCUGUAUAAAGUGGUCUUAAAACACGCAAAUGGAAAAAACUUGUGUCUGUGGAAAAAAAUUGAUGAGAUUCUAAUGAAGUCUUACUGGCUGAUAUUAUGGUCGCUAUGGGCAGCGCGACUUGUACGGCAACCAACAUUGCCUGUGCGAAUAUCUGGUGGCCUCGUCCGUGGUAGCCUGGCAGCUGAUGGAUCAUAUGUCAGCUAUCUAGGUCUACCCUAUGCUUCAUAUCAAAAUAGAUUUCAGCCUUCUCAGCCAUCUGCAGAAUGGAACGGCGUAUUCGACGCCACCGAGGAGCAUGUACGAUGCUCUCAGAGAUUCUCUACCACUUGGAUAAACGGCCAGGAAGACUGUCUCACUCUGAACGUAUAUACUCCGAUACCAUAUGUGACAACAGAGAAACUGCUGCCAGUUAUGGUUUUCAUUCACGGAGGAGGAUACAGAGAUGGUUCCGGCUCUCCUUUUCUUUAUGGACCUGAUUAUUUAAUACGUCACGGAGUGGUACUAGUCACUUUUAACUAUAGACUUGAAGUAUUGGGCUUCCUGUGCUUGGGUAUAAAAGACGCACCUGGUAACAUGGGUCUAAAAGAUCAGGUGCAAGCCCUGCGCUGGGUUAAGGAAAAUAUAAGAGCUUUUGGAGGAGAUCCCAAUCAAGUGACACUGUUUGGAGAGAGUGCCGGCUCAGCUUCCGUACUAUAUCAUAUUGUCUCUCCUUUGUCUACAGGAUUAUUUCACAGAGCAAUAAUGCAAAGCGGUUCCGCCAUUUCACCCUGGAGUUUACAAUUCGAGCCAUUUAAAACGGCUUCAUAUUUAGUUCAUCAAAUUGGAUAUAAAUUAGAAGAUCCUACAGAAAUUCUUAAAUUACUAUCAAAAAUGUCCGUCAAAGAAUUACUAUCCACUCGUGUUCCCAGAGCGAAGGGUGACGUCAUAUUGUCAGAAAAUAUAUUUGUCCCGUGUAUUGAAAAAAAUAAUCUCGAUGAAGAAAAAUUCCUAACCGAUUCCCCGUAUAAUUUAAUUUCGAAAGGUCAAUUUAACAAAGUUCCAAUAAUAAUGGGUUAUAACAACGCCGAGGGCUAUAUGUUUAUUGGAAAAGAAAAUAAGACUACUUUGGAGACAUUCAAUUUUUACGACGCUUUACCGAGAGAUUUAGAAUUUCCGUUAGCAUCAGAAAAACAUGUCGUUGCAAAAAAAAUGGAAAACCAAUAUUACAAGAGAAAAGAUUUUGGAAAUGACAAACUGAUUAGAAUAGCGAAAUACGAAGGUGACUCUGGAAUCGUAUAUCCAGUGACUGCGACAAUAGAAUUACUUUCAGCCAGUAUGGAGUAUCCGGUGUAUGCUUAUAAGUUUUGUUAUGAUGGAUGGAUGAAUCUUAUCAAAAUGUUGUUCAGGCUUUGGAAGUAUCCCGGAGCGACGCAUGCUGAUGAUUUAUUUUACAUAUUUAAAGUGAAAGCGACGCUUCCACAAUCAUUUAUAGAAAAGAAUAUUAUUGACAGAAUGGCAUUAAUGUGGACUAACUUCGCUAAAUACGGAAAUCCUACCCCUGGGACUCAAGAGCAACUACCCAAAAAAUGGUAUUCAAUAAAUAGAAAAAAUCCUCAACUCUAUAUCAUAGACAAGGAGUUCUCCUCGGCAGGUCUGUGGGAUGACGAAGAUUUAAGAUUUUGGAAUGAAACCUACUCCAAAUACAGAAGAAGAAAAUAAAGCAUAGAAAGAUAACAGAAAGAAACAAAUAUUCAAACACGACUAGAAUUAAGAGAAUUAUUAUAUAGUUAUUUUGAAGGUAGCUUCAGGGAGGGAGGGUUGAAAUAUAAAGGUUUUAUAUUAUAUUAAAUUUUAUUAGAAUUUAUAGUCAUAUAAAUUAUAACAUUCUUUACAUUUUGUAAAAAUAUCUAUAAAAGGUCCGUUUGAAGGAUUUGAUGAUCUGCAAUUUAAAAUUAAAAGUCGAGGACCUUUUACAUACUGUAUAGGAAAAUAUUUGCCAACUUUUUUUAUUAUACGAUCAACAAUAACAACAAAUACGUUAAGACUUAUUAGAUAUCUUUAUGGACAAUCUUUGGCUUUUUAAAAGCUAAAUAAAAAUAAAUACAAAGUCAAAAUUCAAUUCCAUAGAGCAGUAAAAUACAAUUGUUUAAAACUAAUUCAAAGAUAAGACCAAAAUGCUUUGUUUAUUUAACAUUGUGCGAGUAAAGAUACAAAAAGUAUAGACUUCAGGAUAGUUCUUAUUGAUCGACAAUGUUUGAAUUGUCAAAAAGGAAUGUCUUGUUGUCUUUAUUCACUUAAGAGAUCCUAAAUAAAAAUAACAAGAAGAAAAUAAAGAGACUAUAAAUAUUUAUUUAUAAAAAAAAAUAUGCCAUAUUGGCAGAUGGUUCACGAAACAGCACAUUCUUCAUUAUGUAGAGACAACAGUUUUCUUAAAACAACCAGAAAUAUGUCGCACCAUAUUGUAAGCAGUUUAUAUUUUCAUUAGAUGGAUCUUCAAUAAUUUAGUAAAUUUAAUAGGAUUUAAGUACUUCUGUGAAUGAAAGGUUGGGUAAUAAUUUUUUAUUUAUAUAACGGUGGUGGCUAAAACUCGAAAGAAAACCUAAAAUUUGGUUUGAGUGAUACAACAUUGUACAUAGUACCACUAUAGAAAUCAAACUAAAAAGACAAUAUUUUAACGAAUUUUAUGGAUAUAUUAUACAA